AUGCAAGUGAUCAUCUCCGGGACCUCCAUGACUUCAGGAACCAGGUCUGCGCAGAGAGAAUUUUCCUUGCUGCUGCUUAAUUUGGAGGAGUAUUACUUUGAACAACAUACAGCUAAUCAUAUUCAGCACAAAGGCAGUCCAAAUGAAAGAAAAGUCAGGGGCUCCUUAAAGAUAUGCUCUAAGUCAGUGAUUUUUGAACCAGAUGCAGUAUCCCAGCCCAUUAUUAAGAUUCCUUUGAGAGAUUGCAUAAAAAUAGGACAAUAUGGAGAAAAUGGAACCAGUAGACACUUUACAAAGACAAAAUCUGCGGAAAUUUCUCUCAUUUUCAGUCAGGUAUAUUUCAUUAAAGAGCAUAACAUUGUUGCACCAUAUAAAAUAGAAAGGGGCAAAAUGGAAUAUGUCUUUGAAUUGGAUGUUUCAGGGAAAGUGGAAGAUGUCGUGGAGACCUUGCUUCAGCUCCACAGAGCGUCCUGCCUUGACAAACUGGGGGAUCAAACUGCCAUGAUAACUGCAAUUCUGCAGUCACGUUUGGCUAGGACAUCAUUUGAUAAAAACAGAUUCCAAAACGUUUCUGAAAAGCUGCACAUGGAAUGUAAAGCAGAGAUGGUGACGCCUCUGGUGACUAACCCUGGGCACGUGUGCAUCACAGACGCAAACCUGUAUUUCCAGCCUCUCAAUGGGCACCCGAAACCUGUGGUCCAAAUAACACUCCAGGAUAUCCGUCGGAUUUACAAAAGGAGACAUGGCCUCAUGCCUUUGGGCUUAGAAGUAUUUUGCACAGAAGAUGAUCUAUGUUCCGAUAUCUACUUAAAAUUCUAUGAACCUCAAGAGAGAGAUGACCUCUAUUAUUAUAUUGCCACGUAUCUAGAACACCACGUAGCAGAGCACACUGCCGAGAGCUACAUGUUGCAGUGGCAGCGAGGACACCUUUCUAACUACCAGUAUCUGCUGCACCUCAACAACCUGGCCGACCGGAGUUGCAAUGACCUUUCUCAGUAUCCUGUGUUUCCAUGGAUAAUAAACGACUAUUCCAGUCCCGUACUAGAUUUGUCAAAUCCAAGAACCUUUCGGGAUCUUAGUAAGCCGGUUGGGGCGCUCAAUAAGGAAAGACUGGAGAGGCUUCUGACACGCUACCAGGAAAUGCCAGAGCCAAAAUUCAUGUAUGGAAGUCACUACUCUUCUCCUGGCUAUGUGUUGUUUUAUCUUGUUAGGAUUGCACCAGAGUAUAUGCUGUGUUUACAGAAUGGAAGAUUUGAUAAUGCAGAUAGAAUGUUCAACAGUAUUGCAGAAACUUGGAAAAACUGUUUGGAUGGUGCCACAGAUUUUAAAGAGUUGAUUCCUGAAUUUUAUGGUGAUGAUACCAGCUUUUUAGUCAAUAGCCUAAAAUUGGAUUUAGGAAAGAGGCAAGGAGGGAAAAUGGUUGAUGAUGUGGAUCUUCCUCCCUGGGCUUCAAGCCCUGAGGACUUCCUCCAGAAGAACAGAGAUGGCCUGGAAAGCAGCUACGUGUCAGAGCAUCUUCAUGAAUGGAUUGAUCUUAUAUUUGGCUAUAAGCAAAAAGGGAGUAAUGCUGUCGAGGCGCAGAAUGUGUUUCAUCCUCUGACCUAUGAAGGAGGCGUUGAUUUGAACAGCAUUGAGGAUCCUGACGAGAAAGUAGCUAUGCUGACUCAAAUACUGGAAUUUGGGCAGACGCCAAAGCAGCUGUUUGUGACCCCACAUCCUCGAAGGAUCACUCCGAAGUUUAAAAGUUUGCCCCAAACGUCUAGUCAUAAUGCAUCUGUGGAAGAUUUCCCAGUGUCUCCAGGCGAAGAGUCCUUUGAAGACUUGACGGAAGAAAGCAAAAGCCUUGCUUGGAUGAACAUUGCCAAGUUGCAGUUAUACGAGCAGUAUAAGAUCCACAAAGAUGCAGUGACUGGAAUAGCAGUCUCUCGCAAUGGCUCUUCAAUAUUUACCACAUCCCAAGAUUCCACCUUAAAGAUGUUUUCUAAAGAAUCCAAAAUGUUACAGAGAAGUAUAUCAUUUUCAAAUAUGGCUUUAUCAUCAUGUUUGGUUUUACCAGGAGAUGCCACUGUCAUCAGUUCUUCAUGGGAUAAUAACAUCUAUUUUUAUUCCAUAGCAUUUGGAAGACGCCAGGACACAUUAGCGGGACAUGAUGAUGCUGUUAGUAAAAUCUGUUGGCAUGACAACAGGCUAUAUUCUGCAUCAUGGGACUCGACAGUGAAGGUGUGGUCUGGCAUCCCUGCAGAGGUGCCAGGCACCAGAAGGCACCACUUUGACUUGCUUGCUGAGCUGGAGCAUGAUGUCAGUGUAGAUACAAUCAGUUUAAAUGCUACAAGCACACUCUUGGUUUCUGGUACCAAAGAAGGCACUGUAAGUAUUUGGGACCUUACUACUGCCACCAUGUUGCAUCAGAUACCAUGCCACUCAGGGACUGUGUGUGAUGCUGCUUUUAGCCCAGAUAGCCGCCACGUCCUCAGCACAGGAGGAGACGGCUGUUUGAAUGUCAUAGAUGUACAGACUGGAAUGCUCAUCUCAUCUCUGGCUUCUGAGGGGCCACAGAGGUGUUUUAUCUGGGAUGGAAAUUCAGUUUUAUCUGGAAGUCAGUCUGGUGAACUGCUCGUUUGGGAUCUCCUUGCAGCAAAAAUCAGCGAGAGAAUUCAGGGCCACACAGGUCCUGUGACCUGUAUAUGGAUGAACGAACAGUGCAGCAGCCUCAUCACAGGAGGGGAUGACAGACAAAUUAUGUUCUGGAAAUUGCAGUAUUAAGUGCCUUGUUAGCUCCUGGAUAUACAGAAUUAUAUUUAGUGUGCUUUUAAAUCGACUGGUGGAUGUGUAAUGAUAGCACUUGGAAGUUUCGCCACAUGUAAAAUGUGUGGUUUUAAACUUUCUAAAUUCUGACUUCCUUGAAAGGCAUUAGCUGCCAUCUUCUAAGACAGAUAAAAGCGCGGCAAUAUUUGGAAGAAAAUGUUACCUUAUCUGUACAGUAGGGAAUCAUCCUACUAGGAUACUCAUCAGAAACAGCUUUGGGGACAGGAGCUAGAAGAGACUGAACGGGGACUGGGAAACGUACCACAAGGCAUGCACAGCUACAGUUUUCCAAGAAACCACAACACUCUCUGCUACUUGAGUCUCCUGUCUCCCGUCGACAAUUGCUAGCCAAUUGUAAUUCAUUUUCUUCACUGCUUGGCUGGUUACUAUCUAACCUGCUGUACCCAGAUUCUAAGAAGCUGGGGAAGGAUUAGCAGUUCUUUCAAUGUGCAUUGGAAUGGUUUCUAUUUCAUUAUGGCUAUUAAAUGCUCAUCUUUUCUACAAUAAAAUUAUUUUUAUGUAAUGAAA